CUUUUGGCAUAUGGCAGUCGAUCCCCUUCGUAUACCCCGACGGCCAAAUCACGGCAAAUUCCGAGACAUGGCCAUCCCGCUUGCCAUAUGUUGAUAGUCGAUGUAUCGCUCGACGGCUGAACAAAGGAUCUCUUUGUGCUUAUCUAAUAUUUUCGUAAAUAAUCAAGUAUCGACCAUAUCGCUCGAUUGGGAACACGCCUGCUCGGUACAGCUUUAUAUUUCAAGGACCUCCAAAGUGUUCCCCCUUGAUCGUGCAACAAUGAUAUAUUGUUAAGUCCGCCCACCAUGCCUCGCGACAAAGGCCCACAGAUCACUGCCGUGUCCUGGAGCUUUGGAAGCGUGGCGAUCAUAGUCGUCGCCAUUCGACUGUACACCCGGCUAAUACUGACUCGCAAAGCAGGCUGGGACGACUUCUUUAUUGUUCUUUCCCUGUUGAGCGCUGUUGUAUGUUCAGGGUUAGCGCAAACCGGCGUGCAUUAUGGGCUGGGGAAACACAUGGCCAACAUUUCCAAUGGGGAAUGGAAAAUCGAGGCCUUCAAAUAUACUGUCAUCGCACCCAACUUCUCCAUGGUCUCCACCACAACAGGCAAGCUAUCGGUGGCCGUCUUCCUGCUGCGCUUAAUGGGCCAGACAGCGUCCCCGGCAAAACGAUGGUUCCUAUAUAUCUUCAGUGUAAUAUCCAUUGCUUGGAAUGUGCUGGCCAUCAUUGCCAUCAUGGGGUACUGCCGGCCUGCGGAGAAGAUCUGCCGGCUAGAGGUUCCCGGCUCCUGCUUGAGCUUAAAGUUACAGCUGAUUGCUGGGAUAUCGCAAGCCUCAUUCAACGCUUUCGCCGACCUUAGCUUGGCCUUGUUUCCAGUCAUCAUUUUCUGGUCCGUCCAGCUGCCCUGGAAAAUGAAGCUAGGGGUUAUAGUUGUCAUGGGCGCUGGGAUCCUUGGCGCCCCUGCAAUCCAUCAACAGAAUCUGUACGUUAUCAUAAUAUGCGCCACUCUCCCCACGCUACGGCAAUCAUACAACUUUGCUCUUCAUCGAACACGCUACGCAGGUUCAUACUACAAACGCUCCCACUCCGAAGCAGCAGCAGCAGCAGCCAGACAGAAACCGAUUCCUCUCGCUCGUCGUCAACCCGAUCAGUCACUUUUCGAUACAUUCGCUGACGAAACCGGUUUGGUGAAUGUAGCUUCCAACAAAUAUAGUUUUGUCUCCCCGGGAAGAUGUUCGGACCAUACAAUCAUCACAAAGACGACCGAGAUUGAGGUCCACGAGGGAAAUAAGUCCAAACGGGAUAUCGAGAAUCCUCAUUUCCCGCGUGCGAAUCCGUUUAGGAGCGGUCAUCAGUGACAUAGGACGGAGGGGUGAUCCGGCGAUGACGGUUUGUAUGUUAGCUAGGUCGAUCGAUCCUUAAUGAGAUCGAGGUUUCAAAUGUAC